AUUCAGAGAUUUGAAAUGGGAAGUCUUCCUCCUGUCGAGGACAUCACAAACAAACUAUACAGUGGCCAGUUGACCGUAUUGCUUAUGUCCAGUGGACAUCGUGGAAAAUGGAAGAAACGAUUUGUGGUUAUUAGUUUUUCACAUAUCUACCUUUACGAUAAACAGAGUUCAAAAGGCAAAAAUAAAUACUGUGGAGCCAUAAACUUACAAGAUUUCAAAAGUUGUGGACCAGUAAAUAACAAGCAACUAAAAAAGAAAUACGUAAUAGUCGUUCAACCACAAGAUGACAAUAAUCAGGAAUGGCUGUUCGCUUGCGACGACCCCAAGACGCACGAGAAAUGGCUUCAUCAUAUAAAUGAAGCUAUACGAAAGCAAAACCCUUUGAAAACCAGACCUGUUACAGUCCAGUUUGACGAUUAUACACUGGAGACGGAGGUAUUUGAAAGUCGUCUAGCUAAAGACCGACCAAAAGGACCGGGAAGGAGAGCUCCUACCAGGAAAAAGGCAGAGGAGUCUGAUGCAAAAUCUCAUGAUGGUGAUAAUGAUGAUACAGAGGAAAUGAAAGAUGAACCAAACGCCGCUCCUGAGGACAAUGAGGGAGUGACAUCUGCUGAUGAUGGGCACUAUUCCAGUGGAACAGAUGAAGAAUUAGACAAAGAGGAUGCGGAGACCGAGAAACCAAUGGUCACUGACCUGAAGCAAGAGCACUUUCCGAAACGCAUGAACACUCCACCACUAGGAAUAGCUUCACUAACCUCAAACUUAGCAAAAGAGGCGGCUCAGAAACGUCUUGAGAGUCGAAAAGAAGAAACCGAUGAAUCAGAUGACAAAACUACAAGCAAUGGGCAUGCACAAAAUCAAGAAACUAAUGAUGACGACGACACGAAAGAGGUUACGGAUAAUGACUUGGAACUUAAACGAGGACCUUCUUUUGUACGAAGAUUAAGUAAUUCUUUCAUAAAGAGUUUUUCUGGUAGUGCAGGUGAUUCAGACAGAAAAUCUACUAAAAAACCACCUGUACAAGCCCCUUUAAAGAAACCAAAACCAGGUCUUAAGGUCGACAGGCCCCGUGAUAGGCCUAACUCUUUAAUAGUGCAAGGGUCGCCUAGGAUGGUCUCAAAACUUUCACCACUCCAUUCCCCAGUAGCGAGUAAAGGAAGCAAGCCGAUUGUUAGCCCCAAAACGCCGACAGAUUUAAGAGAAGCUGUCAAGAUGGUUGAUGCUGUAACACAAUCAAGUGAAAAACUUAUCAUAAAAGCUAAAGCUUUGCGGAAUGCCAUCAAGGAUUUAGGUGGGAAGGACAAAUACUUAGAGACGAUGCAUGCAAUCGAGAGAAAUGCAAAAUUUGCACUCGCCGACAUAGAGGAUGCUAUUACUCAACUGACUAAGGCGCAAGAUGAACUGAAUAAUACAUAAAAGAAAGAAUUGAACGAACGGAACUGAAUGAGGCGAUGAGCACUAACAAAAUCUGAAAAUGUGACGCUAACAAACAAAUUUUAAAUUCUAUCAACUGUAGUUUUGAUAUAAAAAUACUAGGCCUACAUGAAGAAGUGUAGGCCUACUGAAAUGGAUGUGCCGCAAAAUUUUGAGUACGCAAUGAUCGCGUCAUGUCGCUGUUUCAGGUGAAAUUGUAAGUGAGAGAGCCGAAUUCAAUAGGAACGUUUUAGUUAACGUAAGCUGGAGAAUUAUGCAGCAAAUUCACGGGUCCGAAGUCCUUCUAACACCGGCCUCCUUUAGGAGUUGUUUGCUUAGCACAGUAUAACCCCAGCUAACGGUUUUACGUUUUUAUAAUGUUACAAUCUGGUUUACAAAAAUAUUUGUGUAGAACCGUGAAUAGUUAUUUAUAAUUUACUUUUACAACUAAAUAAAACUGCAACUUUGCCGCAACGUUGUAUUAAUGUCAUUUUCUGACAUAUUAAUCAUAACGUUUGCGAACUGUUUGUGUUUGCUGGGAUGUUGUAUCUCUCAAAAGUAUAUUAGGUUGCCAGCAUUUACACACAGGGUGCUAAUGAAGGAAUAAUAAAUAAUAAUAAUAAUAAUAAUAAUAAUAAUAAUAAUAAUAAUAAUAAUAAUAAUAAUAAUAAUAGUAAAUUAUGUCAUUACUGUAGGCCUACUUCUGACAGAAGUACCCACCGUGGCGACAUUUAGCACAUUUCGGUGCUAAUCUGAAUUUAAAAUGACUUGUAUUUGUAUCAUAGGCCUCCUUUUUCUGACUUAUGCAACAUUUGUAAAUAUAAUAUUCCAUUAUGCAGUAUAAAAAAAUUAUAUCAAGGGCGGAAACAGAUCCAGGUAUUUUGUCGCAUUCCGGGAAGAAAUGUUUUAACCUGAUCCUUGUAAAUGUCUUGAGUUUUGAAUAAGAAAUGUCUCAAUCCUUUUUUUUUCGACUUUUGAUGUUUGCACCUGGUUCUGUGGCUGCCUUUAGAGCAGUGCUUGAAUUUUAAUUCAAUGACGAUGAUCUUGUAAUAUUCGAAUUCCUAUAUCAUAUCCACUACUAGUAGGCAUAGUUUAUUGCAAUAAACAUUUUGUCUUUCCCCCCACCCCACCAUUACCACAAGGCAUUAAAAAUAUAUAUUUGAUAUUGUAAUAUACAUAUAUUUUCUCACUCGUUGUUCCAAUAGUUUUAGAAAAACAUGUACUUAGUUCCUAGACAUUUUUAGGAUUUAUUUAACUUAUGAUUAUUGUUAUUGACAAUCCAACACAUUUAAGUUUGUAUAUACUGACAUGUUUAGUAGGGAACUUUCGAUUGCACGACGACGGUAGGGCUAGAACGUAAUGACGUCACUAAAAGUCCUCUGCGCAUGAAAGAACGUUUAGGUCACCUCUCAUCGAGUAGAUUCUGGAACGCAAUUUGGCCAAACAGAGAACGUAGGGCGCCAGGUAGGACGGUCACGCAUGAGUGAUUCCGUUCCAGCGUCGCAUCGUCGCACAAAUCGAAAGCUCCCUAGUAAUAAAGUAAUAAGCCAAUUCGUAUUUUGAACCGUGCAUGUCAAAUUCAGUCGACAUAAGCAAAACAUACAGUACACACUACAUAUGUUUAUGGAGAUUGACCUUGGAUACGGAAUGUGCAGAUCAAACUACAAAUUAGCCUAUUCAAAAGUUAAUGCAAGAAACAAGAUAUCAAGUUACAGUAUUCACUGAUAUCGCACGUCAUUUUAAAAAGCAAAAUCAACUUCUAAAAUGUAUGUCGUUAGAAAAUUAAAACUCGGUUAUGGCUUAGUUCAGACUAGGUGGAUAAACCCGGCUCAACUUACCGGGUUUAUCCACCUGCCAGUCUGAACUAGGUGGCUUAUCUCAAGCCGGGCUGUGUUCCUAUAGUAACUAGGCCUGGUGCGCCACCGUG